AUGGUCAUUGGCCCUCUACCUCCUCUCGCACGCUCACGGACCGGUCUCAAGAUUACGGUAGCGAUAUGCAUCAUUAUCACCCUGGCCCUGACCAUGAGCCCUCUUCAUCGGGCUGAGACGUCGAGAGGGUUUGGAAUACUUAGGACUGCAGCAAUCUCAGAGGAUGCCCCUAUACCCAGUAUUGUUCACUACGUUUACAUCAAGAAGGAUGCCGACUCGGUCAUGAAGUUUCCGUUCGCAAGCUUUCUCACCAUAUUCGCGUCGGUCAUGUAUAUCAAGCCAACACAGAUCUACAUCCACACCGACUUCAACGAGACCGAGAUCAGGAACGCCAGCGGAAAGGGCGAUCGAUGGACGCGUGCAGUCAUCAACACAUUUCCAGAUAUCCUGAAGUGGAACGAGGUCGACGUGCCCAACUUCGCCGGCCCUAACGAGAACCAGCGUAUCAGUGCUAUCCAACACAAAUCUGACUUCAUCCGAUGGGACACCAUUGCAAAGAUCGGCGGCAUCUACCUGGACUGGGACAUCGUUCCUCUCCGAACCCUAACGCCACUUCUGACCGCCGGCUUCGCCUUUAUUGGCGGCCGUCAAUACGGAGGCGCAAUUGAAGACGGGUCUGUGAACGGUACAAUCAACAACGGAGCCUUCAUGACGAAACCCAACAGCACAAUGGCACGCCUCAUCGUACGCGAACAACACGCAAGCUUCAACGGCGCAUGGGCAUCGAACCUGCGCAGCAUGACCACCAUCGCCGAGCACCUCGUCACCAUCCCCAACCAAGUCCUCAUCCUCGACCGCAACUCCUUCGCGCCCACGCACUGGUUCCAGUACUCUAUGAACAAACUAUUCCUGCCCAACCCGGGCCGCGCAUCCCCCGUCCCCGUCGCCGCAAACACAACAGACACAAUGGAGCUGUACGAGAACGUCGUGCUAAACCGCCGGAGGCGCGCAGGCUGA